CCCCAACCAAAUCUCUUCUCCUCUCUAUCGAAUUCCCAAUCACACCACCGAUCGUCUUCGUCUUCUAACACCCUAACCGGAUCUGGAGGCAAUGGACAGCGUAAGCACCAACGUUAGCACGACAACAACUUCCAUGGAGAAGAUCGAUCAGGCAGCGAGCUGGGUCAGCGCCACGAUCAUCUCCGCUUUCUUCGCCUCCCUCGAGCGUUGCUCCUGCGUCAAUCUCUCAACCUCCCAUGACGAUGAAGAAGAAUACGACGAGGAAUCUCACAACCGUCCCCUUGCUCUCUCCGCCGCUCCUCAUUCCAACGACACCGUUUAAGCUCCAUGAUUAGUAAUUAAAAUCAUUUCGUGUGUUUUUUUUUAUUUUGCGUCCUCUAAUGAUCGAUAAGCAUGCAUUGUGUUGUGUGUAAUGGUAAUGGAAAUUUCAGACUCUUUUGAAUUUGUUUUUCUUUUGUUGUGAUUCUCAGAUGCUCUUUAUCUAUUUGUGUUGAUGAUCUUACAUGAGUUUUAAAUUAAUAAACAUAUGUUUGAUGUUUUGAAUUUAACAUAUGCAGUCAAGUUCAUUUGUCUGAAGUUUACUUUGUUGAUCAGCCUCUUGAUUUGCGUUUUUCAUUUUCGAUAUUUUUUUUUUGUAACUCUGUUCAA